AUGCAAGUCUCUUGUGAGUGGGUUGUAUCAGCAACAAACAACAGCAUGCAUAUCUUUGGUGCUAUAUCAACCCUCAUCCCAUCAUCUGGUGCUUCCCAUUACCUGCAAUUUGAUGAACCUCCAGAAACAAAGGUCUCUUAUCGAUCGAUCAUCAUGUCAGCAGCAAGGAACAACUUGUAUAUCUUUGAUAUCAGCAACCUUUCUAUCUCUUGGUGGUUCUGGUUAUUGGCGAUUCCUUUGAUGGAUCUCUACAACUAUACAUGUCUUAUGGAUGGAUCAUGUCAUCAACAAGCAAUGAGAACCCGCGUUGACAUCUUUGGUGUUGCCAAGGUCAUUCAUGCAUCUCCUCAAGGCAUUCAUCGUCAAGCUGCAUUCGAUUUCCAAUGA